AGCAUGGGGGACGAUAAAAAAGCAGUCAAGAAGAGACCCGGCCACUCUUCUCGGCAAAGAUGGUUGCCGGGUGGUGUUGCCCGCUACAGCCGCUCACAGAUGUAUGAAAGAGCUGCUCGCUACAAGAAGAAACAUGUUGUCGUCAAGAAGGAGAGGAAGAGGCCAGCAGCCAUGGUGGAGAAGGAGAUUGGUGGAGAGAAGAACGGAGGAAAGCGUCUUGUCCGAGUUCGCAGACUGCCCCGUUACUACCCAACUGAGGACCUCCCAAGGAAACUGAAUAGCCGCAAGAAGCCCUUCAGUCAACACAAGCGCAGGCUGAGGUCCAGCCUUACCCCAGGCACAGUCGUCAUCCUCCUGCGUGGCCCCUACAAGGGCAAGAGAGUUGUCUUCAUGAAGCAGCUCGGAAGUGGUCUUCUUCUGGUCAAUGGUCCCUUGAAGAUCAACGGUGUACCCAUGCGUCGUAUCAACCAGAUCUACGUGAUUGCCACAAGCACCAAGGUAGAUGUCAGCGGAGUUAAGAUCCCCAAGAGAGUCAAUGACGAGUACUUCCGCCGUAAGAAGCUGAAGAAGCCAAGGAACCAAGAAGGAGAGAUCUUUGACACAGAGAAAGAGAAGUACACCGUCUCUGAAGAGCGCAAGCAGGACCAGAAGAAGGUGGAUUCCCAGUUGGUUCCCAUCAUCAAGAAGGUGGAUCACCUCAAGGGAUACCUCCAGAUGCCGUUCUAUCUCAACAACAAACAAUACCCCCACAAGAUGGUCUUCUAAAUCACUCUCACUCAAUCUUCAGAAACACGGUCGGUCAGACGAGGAACUCGACGAGAGCAGCUAGCGGGGAAAGGACAAACAGUGCCCUCCCUUGCUUUACUCUGCGACUCAAAAAGUUGCAAAGCAGCCAUCAUACAAAAUAAAAGCUAUUCCCUGGAUUCGUGACCUUUCAAUGUUAAAUAUUUAAUUUACUUGAUGAGAAGGUUAAAAUAAAUUCUACAGUUAGCCAACUGAACUACA